ACAUUAUUUUUCACUUUGGGGUAACUUUUUUUAAACUGCUGGUAGGUCACCUCUUCCCUUUCAUUCCAAGGACAGACUUCAUUGGACCUGAAGGACUAAUUGCAAUAAAUAACUGGAAGAACUGGGCUGAUCUAAAACUUUUGACCGUUGACUUUGUAAAAAUUCGCUGUUCUCUUCAGCUUAUUAUCCAGGAGCUAAAUGUUGCACAUGUACAGCACAUGGUUGGUAUAAUCAGCAAAUCGACGCACAUAGGCGUGCGUGUGUGGCUUUUAUUUUGAAAGGCACUGGCGAAAUCCGUGUUGGUCGUGUUUCGUGAGUCCGUGGAGCUGUGUGAGUGGCCGCCCUCAGCUUUCCAAAUGAGUUCCAGGACAUCAGAUUGUUUGGAGGAAGAGGAUGGAGGAGAAGAGGAAGAAGAAGAAAACUACAACCCGACAGAGGUGAAAAUGAGUCAGAUCGUGAUGCCCUGUCACAGCAACCAUCGGCAGGAGCUCAGCGUGGGUCAGCUGCUCAAAUGGAUGGACUCCGCCGCCUGCCUCUCAGCUGAGAGGCACGCUGGCAGUCCCUGCGUCACCGCUUCGAUGGAUGACAUCCACUUUGAGCACACCAUCAGUGUGGGUCAGGUGGUGAAUAUCAGGGCAAAGGUCAACAGAGCCUUUAACACCAGCAUGGAGGUGGGCAUACAGGUAAACUGUGAGGACCUGUUCUCUGAUCGUCACUGGAGGGUUUGUCAUGCCUACGCCACCUUUGUUACCCAGCGCACAAGCACAGGACAAAAGGUGACCUUGAAGCCCAUUGUUCCUCUCACGCAGAAGGAGCAGGUUGAAUACAGCGUGGCCGCUGAAAGGCGGAGGGUCCGAAUGGUGCACGAUGACAUCAUCAAGGAUUUGCUUUCCAAUGAGUCGGUGCAGCAGGUUGACAGCUCAGUGGGACCCAGUGCAGUGGCAGCAGAGAGGACUCGGGUGGAGAGUGUGGAGCUGGUUCUGCCUCCACAUGCAAACCAUCAGGUCAGUUCAUUUCAUGUGUUUCCCAUCUGCAGACAGAACCACUGGUUGCAUACUGACACGUGUCCUUACUGCAGCAUGGAGGUGGGCGUGCGCGCGGAGGCCUACCAUGAGGAGGGGCCUAACCGACACAUAAACUCCGCCUUCAUGACCUUUGAGGUGCUCGAUGAUGGCGGGAAGCCACGCACAUUACCACGGAUACGACCUGAACCCCUGGAAGGACAAAGGAGGUUCCAGGAGGCAACAGCCAGGAAAAAGAUCAGGCUGGACAGGAAGUACAUCAUUUCCCGCACGCAGGGGGAGGUGCCUCUGUCUGUUCCCUGGGAUCCCACCAACCAGGUGUAUCUGAGCUUUAACAACGUCUCAGCUCUGAAGAUGCUGGCAGCCAGAAGCAGCUGGCGCCUGAGCUGUGAGAAGGACCAGGUUCAGCUUUACACCCUGGAGCAGAAGUCCAUGCUGAGUUUCAAGAUUGAAUGUGAGGUGGACGUUCCUGCUCACAGAGCCUUUGAUUUACUCGCCGAGCUGAGCAACAGGCCGAGCUGGGACUCGCAUUACAAGAAGUGCGAGCUGAUUCAGCUGGUCGACAACGAUGACUUCAUAUAUCGUGUGGUGACUCCAUCGGUGCGUCAUGGCGCGAUGGGAUCUCCCACUGCAGCCAAUCAGGCAAAAGGGAUUCUCCAGGACUUCAUCCUGUUGGCCUCCAAAAGGAAGCCAUGUGGCAGCGGAGACCCAUAUGUCAUCGCCCUGCGCUCCGUGUCCCUGCCCACUCACCCUCCCACUGAAGGCUAUAACAGAGGAGAGGUUCUGUGUGCUGGAUUCACCAUACUGGAGACCAAAGACAACAAGUCCCUGAUCAGCUACUUUAACCAGGCGUCUCCGGAGGUCCUUCCCUACAUCUCCACAGAUAUUGCCGGCCUGUCCUCCUCUUUCUACCACACCUUCUGCUCCUGCAGCCAGUACUUGACCAGGAACAGACUGUGACAGUGGCAGCAGCCUGUCCGAGGCUCUCCUCAGCACCAGACGCUUGGUUUAUGUGGCGGGAAGACUUUAUGAUCAUUUCAUGGAUUGAUACAAAGGUCAGCAGUAACAAUCGACGUGUUAAGUGAGUAAAAUCAGCCGCUGUGUCAGUGACUGAGCUGCUGUUCAUGUUUGUAGGUUAAAGGUACAUGACUGUAACAGCUGUACAGGUGUGGGCUUGUACUUAAUGCAGGUUCAUUUUAACACUAACUGUUUGCUGCAGUUCAACGUGACGUGCUGGUUUAAAACAUGAAUAUUCACUUUUUCCACUGAACUACAAUAAAGUGCUGUGUUGUAUUUUUCCUUGUUUUAA